UAGUAUAAAUAACCAAUAGAUCGAACAGGGCAAAAAAUUCAAGCCAACACACACUGCCACACCAUCUUCUCAUACUUCCCCACCCAAUGGCCAACCCUACUACCAGUUUACCUCUCUACGAGCGAGUCACUCGAAAAAACACCAUAGCUCGAGUGAUUGAGCUCAGCAUACUCUCUCUCCUCCUCUCCCUCCUCGCCUAUCGGAUUCUUUCCUUCCAAGACCAUGGAUUCAGUUGGCUCUUGGCGUCCCUGUGCGAGUCGUGGUUUGCUUUCAAUUGGGUUCUCACUGUCAGCACCAAAUGGAACCAAGUAGAGUACAAAACCCACCCACAACGUCUCUUGCAACGGAAACCCGAGCUGCCUCCGGUGGACAUGUUUGUGACGACAGCAGACCCUGUCCUGGAACCACCUAUCCUCACUGUGAACACCGUGCUAUCCUUGUUAGCGUUGGAUUACCCGGCUGAUAAGCUGGCAUGUUAUGUUUCCGACGACGGCAGCUCCCCUCUCACCUUCUACUCUCUUGUUGAGGCCUCCAAGUUUGCAAAGCUCUGGGUGCCUUUCUGUAAGAAAUAUAGCAUUCAAGUCCGAGCUCCUUUCCGGUACUUCUCCGGCGAGUCCAUGUCCUCUCAGGAUACCUCACCCCAGUUCCAACAAGACUGGAAGAAGAUGAAGGAUGAAUACGAACAACUUAGCCAGAAAAUUGAAGAUGCAGCCAGAGGGUCCAUACCAUGUGAACUUGCUGGCGAGUUUGCAGAUUUUAUGAACAUGCAACGCGGAAACCAUGCAUCUAUAGUCAAGGUCAUAUGGGAGAACAAGGAAGCUGGUAAUGCAAAUGGAGCAGUGCCGCAUCUUGUUUACAUAUCCAGAGAGAAGCGUCCAAAGCAUCCCCAUCAUUUCAAGGCUGGCGCCAUGAAUGUUCUGACAAGAGUAUCAGGAGUGAUGACAAAUGCCCCGUUCGUGCUAAACGUAGACUGCGACAUGUACGUUAACAACCCCCAGAUUGUUCUUCACGCAUUGUGUUUGCUGUUGGGCGUGAAGAGCGACAAGGAUUGCGCAUUUGUUCAAUUUCCCCAACAAUUCUAUGAUGGAUUAAAAGACGACCCUUAUGGAAACCAGUACGUGGUUUUGUAUGAAUAUCUAGUUCGUGGUUUGGCAGGGAUUCAAGGACCCUUCUACGGAGGAACCGGAUGUUUCCACAGGCGAAAAGUUAUCUAUGGUUUAUCACCAUAUGAAUAUGAUGAAGAAAUAAGCGGAAAAUUAAGCGAUGAGAAUUUACACAAGACUUUCGGAAGUUCGAUGGAAUUCACAAAAUCAGCAGCUCAGAUCCUAUCAGGAUCGAAGAGUAUAAGUUGUGGUCCACACGAUUUGUUAAGCUCCGUUGAGGCAGCCAAUCAAGUCGCUGCUUGCGUCUAUGAGUACAGUACCGCAUGGGGUAGGGAGAUGGGUUGGAUUUAUGGAUCGACGACAGAGGACGUCCUCACCGGACUCAUAAUCCAGGGGAGAGGUUGGAAAUCAACCACCUGCAUGCCGACCCCACCCGGGUUUCUGGGCUGCGCGCCCUCCGGCGGGCCUGCAACGAUGACCCAGCAGAAAAGGUGGGCCACCGGGCUUGUCGAAAUCCUGGUCACCCGGAGAAGCCCACUCAUCUUGACACUGGUAGGGGAGCUCCAGUUCAGGCAAUGCCUGGCCUACCUGUGGAUCCUGCUGUGGGGCCUACGGUCCGUUCCCGAGCUCUGUUACGCUACUCUGCCGGCCUACUGUAUCAUCUCUGGCUCACGCUUCUUGCCCAAGGUUGAAGAACCAGCCCUAUUGAUACCAGUUGUCAUUUUCAUCACAUACAACCUAUACACCCUUUCGGAGUACUUCCGAGCCGGACUCUCAGCCCGGGCAUGGUGGAACAACCAGAGAAUGUUGAGAAUUACCGCAAUGACAGCAUGGUUGUUCGGAGUUUUCAGCGUCAUACUAAAGCUCUUGGGGCUAUCAGAGAUGGUCUUCGAAGUAACCCAAAAGGAACAGUCCUCGACAAACGGCAGCGAUGACGAUAACGCUGAUGUCGGCAGGUUCACGUUCGAUGAGUCGCCGAUUUUCAUCCCCGCCACCACGGUUCUGCUGGUAAACCUGACCGCGUUGGUCAUCACGAUUCUCGGGUUCCGACCAGUGGCUCGCGGUGGAAAUGGAUCGGGGAUCGGGGAGGUGAUAUUCAGUUCGUGCGUUGUGCUGUGCUUGUGGGCAUUUUUAAAGGGGCUGUUUGGUAAAGGGAAGUAUGGGAUCCCUUCGGCCACAGUAUACAAGUCAGGGGCUUUGGCAUUGUUGUUUGUGAACUCGAGCAGAUGGACAUCGAUGGGUUAGAAUUUUGGUGGUGAAAUUAGAAAAACAGGGUGACAUUUUUUGUUGGAAAUCAUUGUUGUAUUGUUUGGGGAUGAGAUUGGUGGAGAAUCCAGAGGAAUGUGAUUUGUAAAAUACUACUCCCUCCGUCCCACUUUGUUUCGCCUGUUUCCUUUUUUAGACGUCCCAAAAAAUUGUUUAUAUCUCACAAUCUAUAAUAUUUUAUAUAUUUAAUAUAGAUUUUGUUUGAUA